CCCUCUCUUUUUUAGUUUGCUUACUGAGCAACCUCUUGAACAGACUGCCUCCUCCAGAUCAGUUUUCCCUGCUCCCCUAUUGUCUGGGGAAACCUGUCUUCUGGAGCUUCGUUCUUGAAAGAUCUCAUGACUUUAAAAUCAUCAGUGGGCUUUGUGUAGCCUGCCUGUCAAAAGAGAUAUGUUUACACCUUCCCUGCAUGUGUUAAAGCUAUAAGGUUACAGAGGAGAAUGGCUGAUACAUUUCAGUGUUUCAUGCUAAUAUGCACAAAAUGUAUUUAUGAUAAUUACAUGGACUGUCUGAAACAAUGCAUUCCAACAUUCUGUAACAUAAAUAAGAAAGGUGGAGCCAGCUGGCUGUAAACAGUUUAUUUGCCAGCAAUCCUGAUCUGCACUAUAUACCUUUUUUACACUGUCUCAGUCUGGCAGUAUUGAACCUGUUGCUGCAUUAGCCGAGUUGUAUUUUGCUAGAUAGGGGAAGGAGGGUUGUCUGCUGUCUGGUAGGAGGGCUUUGUCUGUGUGUGCCUUUCUCUCUCUCUCCCUCUCACACUGUCGCUUGCUCUCUCUCUCUCUCUCUCACUCCCUUUCCCGUCUCUGUGGUUUGUAAGGUAGGUUGCAGUGUGUGUAUAUACACAACAUCAAGAGCAGGAAAAUGGACUCAUUAGGGAGGCAGGCAGUCAUUACCACUCACACUGUACUUCCAGGGAGACAGCGACUAUGAGGAGACAAACUGAGGACUGGGGAACAAGCAGCAUAAAAGAGAAGUGUUAGGAGCUGCUCUUAACCCUUUUGGAGUUGGAAGAGAAAAGGGAACUAGAGGGCUUGACUUCUCCUUUACCUCCUGCAUUUACUCUGACCACGGUCCCUCCCUGUUCUCACAAGUGGAGCUAAGCUCUGCUUCCCUUCCUGUUGAUUCCCAGUCAGCUACAUGACUGCCUGAAGUUACGUUUUAGAUGCUGAAAUCACUGCACCUUAAAAACAAAAAGAUUAAGCUGCACUGCAUUCCUCAGGCCGAGCUGACUUACUGCUGUUGACUCCAUGACCUGCUUCCCAUUUCAACCUCCACCUGUUUAAAAAGUUUGGUAGCUGACAUAAUAUCCCCUGGGAUCGUCUGAGCAGUGGACCAGUAAAAAGCAAACCAAAAGCAGUGGCUGGCACUUUUCCUCUGCCGUGCGAGAGAGAGAGAAUUGGCUGGAAUUGGUUUCCGUAUAGCCGGCUUGACAUGCAGCAUUGAAAAGAUGAAUAAUUUCUGUGGGUCUGAAGCAGGGCCGGCUCCAGGCACCAGCGUUCCAAGCAGGUGCUUGGGUGGCGGCAAUUCGGCGGCAGCUUCUCUCCCCUGCCGUCCGCAGUGGCAAUUCGGCGGCGACAGGUUUUUUCAUUGCUUGGGGUGGCAAAAACGGUAGAGCCAGCCCUGGACUGAAGCGUUGUCCAGUGUUGUGCAGCCAUCCCAUAUGUAUCGUUGGUGGGAUAUCUAAUCUGUUGCGAAACAAUGGGGCAAUGAGCAGUGAAGCUGCACAGUGACUGGGCUAUCCUGGGCUCUCCAGACCGAAAAAUCAAGUUAUGGUUACUGUCCUCUGAAGCCUCCCUAAGGCUGAGGCAAGACACUCAAAUGCCUUGAAAGAUCCUUGAAGAUCAGUUUGUGCUCUUCUCCUGAAAGAACCUUUUCUGUGUUUCAUAUGAGGAAACUGAGGCACAGCGAGUUUUGAGUGACUUGUCUAAAUUCACACAGCAAAUCGUUGGCAGAGCCGGGAAGAUAACUUGGGAAUCCUGGAUCACAGGCCCAUGCUCUAACCACUAGGAAACACUGCCUCUCCAAAUUACAGACACAGCCUCUCUCUGUCCCCUGCCCCAAUGAAUGUCUGCACUAGGGCCAAGGCUUGGAGUGAUUUACCUGAAGAGUAACACCAUUUGGAAACCACUGAAGAAACCCAAGACAGCUGAAAACCAGAAGGCGUCUGAGGAGAAUGAGAUUACUCAGACGGGUGCAUGCAGCGCCAAGCCAGGCCUUCCCUGCCUGAACCUUGAAGCUGUUCCACCUCUGAGCCCAGCCCUCACCCACUCAUCACAGUCACCAACAAACCUGCCCGCACACACAGGGUCAUCUGAUUGUAACAUCAGUUGCAAGGGGAUGACAGAGCGCAUUCACAGCAUCAACCUUCACAACUUCAGCAAUUCUGUGCUCGAGACCCUCAACGAGCAGCGCAACCGUGGCCACUUCUGUGACGUGACGGUCCGCAUCCACGGGAGCAUGCUACGCGCCCACCGCUGCGUGCUGGCGGCUGGCAGCCCCUUCUUCCAGGACAAGCUGCUGCUGGGGUACAGCGACAUCGAGAUCCCCUCAGUGGUGUCAGUCCAGUCCGUGCAAAAGCUCAUUGACUUCAUGUACAGUGGGGUGCUGCGGGUCUCACAGUCAGAGGCCCUGCAGAUCCUCACAGCUGCCAGCAUCCUGCAGAUCAAGACUGUGAUUGACGAAUGCACAAGGAUCGUCUCGCAGAAUGUGGGGGAGGUCUACCCAGUGAUUCAGGACUCUGGGCAGGAGACGCCCAGGGGGACUCCCGAAUCGGGCACCUCAGGGCAGAGCAGUGACACGGAGUCUGGCUACCUGCAGAGCCACUCGCAGCACAGCGUGGACAGGAUCUACUCAGCUCUCUAUGCCUGUUCCAUGCAGAAUGGCAGUGGGGAGCGCUCCUUCUACAGCGGAGCAGUGGUCAGCCAUCAUGAAACGGCCCUGGGGCUCCCCAGAGACCAUCACAUGGAAGACCCCAGCUGGAUUACACGGAUCCACGAGCGCUCACAGCAGAUGGAGCGGUACCUCUCCACCACUCCAGAGACCACACACUGCCGCAAGCAACCACGUCCGGUCCGGAUCCAGACCUUGGUGGGCAACAUCCACAUCAAACAGGAGAUGGAGGAUGACUAUGACUACUAUGGCCAGCAGAGGGUGCAGAUCCUGGAGCGUAAUGAGUCUGAGGAAUGCACUGAGGACACUGACCAAGCCGAAGGCACUGAGAGUGAGCCCAAGGGGGAGAGUUUUGACUCUGGAGUCAGUUCCUCCAUUGGGACUGAGCCUGAUUCCAUGGAGCAGCAGUUCAUGGCUAACCUGGGCCGAGAGGGUCAGCAGGAACCUUCCCAAGCAGAGCAAAAUGAAGUCCCUGCUGAAGGCACACAGACCCAGCCACAGCACCUAGAUGCCAACACUUCCUCGCCGGACAGAAGCAAUGACAUUGAAAUGGACAGCAAAGUGCUCACUGUCAGUAACAACAGCGAAAAGGGGGCCUUGCAGCCUUCUGUCAACACAACAGUUGCUCAACCAUUGCCAAGCACCCAGCUCUACUUACGCCAGACAGAAACCCUCACCAGCAAUCUGAGGAUGCCGCUGACCCUGACCAGCAACACACAGGUCAUUGGCACAGCUGGCAACACCUACCUGCCCGCCCUCUUUACCACACAAUCUGCUGGCAGUGGACCUAAACCUUUCCUUUUCAGCCUGCCCCAGCCCUUAGCUGGCCAACAGACACAGUUUGUGACAGUGACCCAGCCUGGCCUAUCAACCUUUACUGCCCAGCUGCCAGCCCCACAGCCCUUGGCCCCAUCUGCGGGCCACAGCACAGCAGGUGGACAGGGUGAAAAAAAGCCUUACGAGUGCACUCUCUGCAACAAGACUUUCACCGCCAAACAGAACUACGUCAAGCACAUGUUUGUACACACAGGUGAGAAGCCCCACCAAUGCAGCAUCUGUUGGCGCUCCUUCUCCUUAAAGGAUUACCUAAUCAAACACAUGGUGACGCACACCGGCGUGAGGGCCUACCAGUGCAGCAUCUGCAACAAGCGCUUCACCCAGAAGAGCUCCCUCAACGUGCACAUGCGCCUCCACCGUGGGGAGAAGUCCUACGAGUGCUACAUCUGCAAGAAGAAGUUUUCCCACAAGACCCUUCUGGAGAGGCAUGUGGCUCUGCACAGUGCCACCAACGGCACGGCCGGCGCAGCAGGCCCCGGCACCAGGGCUGUCCCUGCCGGGGUGGUGGCCUGCACAGAGGGGACCACGUACGUCUGCUCUGUCUGUCCAGCUAAGUUUGACCAAAUCGAGCAUUUCAACGACCACAUGAGGAUGCAUGUGUCAGACGGAUAAGUAGAAUCUCUGUCUCUUUGUUAUGAACAAAAAAAAAAUAGAAACAACAACAAAAAAGCUAUGGCACUAGAAUUUAAGAAAUGUUUUUGUUUCCUUUUUACCUUUUUCUUUCUUCCUUUUUUUUCUUUAUUUUUAGUUUCGUUGUUUUUGUACUACAUGAAGAACUGUUUUUUGCCUGCUGGUACAUUACAUUUCCGGAGGCUGGGUGAAUAAUAGUUUUCCCGACCUCCCUUGGAUGGUGGCCUUAAGGCCAGGUAGUGCUUCAGGAGCUCCACUGGUUGGAUCUCUAGCUACUGGCCUCUAAAUACAACCCUUCUUUACUACAAAAAAAAACAAACAAAAAAAUAACAAAAAAAAAUUUAAAAAAAAUCUUUUUUUUCUCACUUGUGAAGAGCACUACAAAAAAACAAAACAAGAGUAUAUUACGAAAUCUACAAGGCCUACUGUCGUUUUAAGUACACCGUUUGCAGUGUUUCAAUGGACGUAAUUCACAAUCCUGACCGCUCUCGGACUUCACAGUAUCCAGUUAGAACUGUGGAAUAUAUCACUAUUGGUUGAACAGCAACCAGACGAAACAAGGCCCUGCUGGUUUCCACCGUUUGUCUGCUUUAUCUUUCUCUCUCUCUCUCUCUCUCUCUCACACACACACACACUCUAAAAGGGCUGAGGAGAGGGCUUGGGUUGGAUGGUGCAGUGUCCCUUCAGGAUCAGGAAUAAGAAUCACAGCUUCUUCUCCUGGAUCCUGCUCCAUCCCAUGCUCUUUAGCUCACCCUCCCAUCCCGCUUUCCCCUCACCACCACCACCACCACCACCUUUGAGCAGACACCAGGAAGAUUCAGACAACAAGCAACGGUGGCUUUCUUUUGUAAUUUAUUCAGUGUCUUCGCUGAGCCCAGAGCCUCAGCACAAUCAAGAGGGACUUUCACAGAAGGCAAAGAGAAACGCAGAGAAAAAUAAAUAUUGAGGUUUGCAAGCUGCGAAUCGAGGUACAAGAGAAGGAUUAGUUCCCACAAUCUUUGCAAAAAAAAAACAAAACAAAACAGUUGCAUCAGGAUUUAUUCUUGUGGAAGAAAGAGGAAUAGAGGGUGGGUGGGUGGGAGGGGAUAAUUUAAAAAAAAAGAGUUCUUGGGACUUUUUUAAUUGAAAAUUUUAUAGAGGGGCAAAAGUGACGUUUACCAGAUAGAAUGCUGAUUUUUUUAAAUAUAUUUACAACAGUAUUUGUGUAAAAAAAACAAACAAAAAAAGUGAGAUUCCUAAAAGUAAUUUUUCUUUGUUUUCUUUUUUGUUUUGCGUACACUGCCACUAAUAUCUUCUCUUUUAUUAUAUAUAUACAUAUAUAUAUGUGUGUGUGUGUAUAUAUAUGUAUAUAUAUAAACUUUUAAACGGAGACUGUUAAGGUUAGCUAACCUGCUUCCAGAUAAGAGGGAGGGUGAGGGGAGCGAUCCUGAUUUUUGAUUUAAAAAGAGGAAAGAUGUUUCUUUAUUUUCUAUUUUAGUAUUAUUGUUUUUUCCUUUGUUUUUUAUUGUUUGAGAAUUACCUGGGUCUGUGGGGGCAUUGUGAGGUCAUCUACUAUAGUCUGUCCAUCCUGCAAUAGCAUUUGAACUGCUACUUUGUUUGGAUAUUUGGUUCUCUUUUGGCUCUUAUCAAGGUCCUAUUGUUUAUUUUUUGGUGUUCCAGCUAGGAUUUUGUUCCUGUUGAAGGGAGGUUCAUUGUGAGAAGCAGGUUUUCUAGCAAUGUUCAUUUUGCCUCUGGAAUGAUAGAAUUUAUAGUCAAAAAGUAUGUAAGAUCCGGAGGUUAGGAUUUCCCUUCCUUGUGGUCACUGGAGAAGAGUUAAUCUGCUGUACUGCUGUCACACUUCCAUCUUGCUCACUACGGAUCUUCCAUAGCUGUGUGGAAAACGGAUCUCCCAUUAAUUUGUACUGAUGCCAAAAUAGCUUUCUUUCCUUACAAUUUCAAAUAAUCUGCCCUUCCCUCUCAUUUGCAAAAAUGUCAAAUCAAAGGACAUGACUUACAUUCUUUGUGCACCCAAAACUGCAAGGAAUGCAGGAUCAGCAUUUAAGAUUCCUGAUCAGCAUGUAUGUCAGUAUAUUUAUUUUGUUCUGUUGUCUCUCACCUCUCACAUUACCUCCCUCCAUGAAGACCUUUGUGAGAAUUCCCCCAAGGCAAACUCUCAAAGUACUUGGGUUCUUUACUUCAGCUGGAACAGUGUCUGACGCUAUCUUUGUAUUGUUUGAAAUCCUUAUCUAGGAUUAGCACCCGCUGCGCUCUGGACUUUAUAUUUUAGGCAGAGAAGAAGCACCUAACAAUAAUAUGCAAAGAAAGAACGAAAGAAAAAGAAGGAAAGAACAGAAAAAUCAUUUCUUUAGAUUUUAAAUGGGUCUGUAUUUAAAUUAAACUUUCUUAGGUUUACAAAACUUUGCUUGUAAAAUCUGAAAAUUUCCAAGUCAUUCUUUCCAGACAACUUUCUAAAAAUGAAUCAGUAGAUUUUCUCACUAAAUGCUGAGUAUUUCUUAAGCCUACAACUUCUGUUUCAGAUGUCUGUAAUUUAGCACAGGUGACUUAAUUGCUGUGGGUCAGGUGUAUACGAUUACUGACUGAGGGGGAUACUGUCAGAUACUUUAGGCUCACAAGAUCCUAAAUAUGAAAGGCAUGAUUCUUAAUUACAAUAAGAUGGUAUAAAGGGACUUCAAAGCAGGUUCAAAUGUAAAUAAGAACCAGGCCCUAUUUUCUUUUUAAUUUACAUUUUUCUGUUACCAGUUGUUUUUAGAAGUGACAUAUUUGUAUCAUUCUCCAAUAUUUUGACUUGGCUACGAAAGGAACACAAGUUAAUUAGCAAAUAUUAUUCUCACAUCUAUAUUGAUAAUAUUGAUGCUGUCAUGAUGAACCAGGAAGUGAAAGAGAGAGAGCCUAAGGUACAAAGAGCAAAAGUUAAUGUCUGCCAAAUAAAGAACCCACUAAAUCUGUACAGGAAAAAAUGUUCCAACAACAAUGGGGGGAGAAAACUAUACAAAAGUAUUUGAUGGUGUCCCUUGGAAGUGAAAUUAAAUGAAAUGAUCAGACACAACUUUGUCUCAUGAAAGAUUUCCCACACCUUUAUGGUUGUAGCCUGCCCAUUCACCAGCUGAGGCCUGGAGAAAAGCUGUUUAAUUUGCCAUUGAGAAAUUUCGUGAAGAAGCCAAGACAUUGGAUAGUUGCAGUGUGAGUCUGAUGUCAAAGGAGAUACACCAGAGUGCGUGAGAUCAGGAUUUACAUCCUCAGACUGUUGAAUUUAGACAGAACAAUCCUGUUCAGAUUAGACAGCUUCCAUUUUCAAUCUUCCCUAAAUCAAACAAGCAUCAUCUGCAAAGUACAGAUUUAUAGCUGGACCUCAUCAAUUCUCACAAGUGAAUUAAAGACCCAUUGUGAAUGAUUAAAUUGUGCUAAUUAGAGAAUAAGCAAGGAAACAGAUUUUAAAUAGAUAAGAGGUAAGGGUAAUGCAGCCCCAAAUGAGCUUUAACUGAUUUGACAAGCAGUUUAGGCCAAGAUUUUCAAAAAUGGUUGCCUUAAAUUUAAACUGAUUGUAGUAUAUUAUUAGGUUCAGUAAUAAGUGGCCUGGAUUUUCUAAAGUGGUGAGCACCCUGCUGCUUGGCUUUAGUAGUAGCUGAUAAAUGCUCAGCAUUUGAAAAUCAGGCCACUUAUUUGAAUGCCUCAUUAUGGAGUCGGGAGCCUAUCUUUUAGGCACUCAUCUUUGAAAAUAUAGGCCUUGUUUUUUAAUUAUUUCAUCAUGCGUGCAAGGUCACACCAAUGGAGAAGCAGGGUGGCCCACGCUGUUCUGGAAUUACCAGAAUAUCCGCUGUUCUGGGCAUGCAUCAGUGGCCUCCCUACCCCGUACAAAGGGCCUUAUUCUGCAUUCCUUGGACCUGAUUCUCAUUUACCCUGAGGCACCUUUUAAUGUAAUUUACACCCGCUUAAGGCCCUUUUACAGUGUUAGAAUGCUGUAAAAUUGGCCUUUGGAUAAAUGAGAAUUAGGCCCCUGUGCACCCAGAACUCCCAUGGAGACCAAAUGAAGUCAGCUGAACAUAUAGGAAAUACCAUUUUAGAUCUGAUCAGUAUCGUGUCUCUGACAGUGGCCAGUACCAGCACCUUCAGAGGAAGGUGCAAGAAUCUCUGUAACAGACAAUAAUGGACUAACCUGCCUGUAAGGGAAGCCCCAGUUAGUCAGAUAUCUGUUUAAGGCCUGAAUCUUGAUGGUUCCUUUCCCUUAAUUUUGUACUCUAGCUAAUAUAACAGCCAAAAUUCUCAUUCACCUAUAAAUGUCUAGUUCUUUUUUUUUAAUCCUGCUAAGCGCUUGGCAUCAAUAAUAUCUUGUGGCAGCGAGUUCCAGAGGUUAAUUAUUAUUUGCAUAAAAAUAUUUCCUUUCCAGUAUUAAAUAUAUUGCCAUUGUCCCUUUAUUCUUGUGUUAUAUGCAAGGAUAAACUGGAGGACCAGAUUUACCUUCUCUCUGCCAUUCAGUUGAAGUCUGCCUCACUGAGAGAUUUGAAUGUGCAAGGAAUGCAGAACCAAGCCAUAUAUCUUUGUUGAGAAGUAAGGAGUGAACAACUGUUUUAUGUGUAGGUGUGAAUUAGCGGGGGUGUGAAUUAGUGAGGGCCUACUGUAAUUAUCUCUUGCAAAGGAGGUGAUGGCACAACUUGUAUUUCAUGAGAGCUAUCUAGCAGGUAGUACGGUGGCUGAACCCACCAGCUUUACACCUCUGGAGACUUGAAUAGGAUGAGUUUCACCUAAUGUUUGUCCCAGUCACAGAACUCUCACAGUUUGGCACAAUUACUAGUCUCUCAUAAGGGCAGGUAGAGGAGUGGAAUAGGUGUGGGUAUUUUGCAUGAAAUGCUUUGAAAUAGUUUGCACAGCAGCUGUCUCCAUUAUGCCUGCUUCUAGCCAAUGCUUUUCGCUGCACUCAGAUUCACCCCAAAUUUGUGAUGAAUUUCUACUGGAAGGAGAGAUGUUUUUGGAAAGGCAACAAUAGCACUUAAGGCUGCCAUGGAUGCCCUCAGAGAAUUAGAUUUGCACCAAGAUCAGCGGCCAAGCAAAGUCCAUUUUUCUUUGUUAAUUGUUUGCAUUUUUUUAAUCCAAAAGAGACAUGAGUAUAACCACUAUGAGCACAGUCCCUCAUUUCUUGCAUACCCAAACUCCCAGUGGAGUUUGAGAUGCCCACUUAAUGCUGGAUCAUUCACUUUGCAAGCAGCAAGCUUAGAAAACAAACCUCUUGAGUUCAGUGGGUAUUUUCCACUGGGACCAUCUUCUCUUAGGGGUGAAACCAAAAACACUGAAGGAAGAGACACAAAAGAGAUUCAUUUCAAGAUACUUGAAUCCAAUCUGAUGUGUGAAACAUCCAAACCAUGUCAAACAUGGCCAGCCCCUCAGGGUAUGUCUACCCAGCAUUUUGUCUGAGCAGGGCUGAGUCUCCCAACCCACAGUGAUAGACUUGGGCUUGACGAGCAUUCUAGUGUCUAGACAGCACUGAGGGCUUGUCUACACUACUGCAGGGGGUCAGCUAUGUGAAUUUUAGAGUGCUGCUAGCCCAAGUCUGUCAACCCAGCUGGGAGACUUGCUCCCGCUCGGUCCCAAAUGCUGUGUGAACACAUGCUCAGUGUCCAAGGCUGUAGGUCUGUCAUCAUCCUAAAGCAAUCUGCACCGCUCCCUGCUGAAAAUGACACCCCCAGCCCUGCAGUAAGUUGCCCAACCCUUCCCUCCCCAUCCCUGGCUACAUCACAGCAUUGUCUAUCUUAGCGGUUAGGCGGGAGCUUCCCUGUUCACAGUCUCCCUUCUCCUUCUUAAACAGCAGGGAUUGUUACUGCAAUGGCACAGGUCUCUUUCUCGCCUGCUUUGCUUCUCCACAGUGCCUAAAUCCUGCUGGUUUUAUCUGCCUCCUCCUCGGAUUUGCCCAGUCUCACCCUUCCACAGCAGCGCAGAUGUGACUGCUGACUUACCAAGAAAAACCAUGUGGUCUGAAGAAGGAAAGAUGCAUCUUAUUCAUAAAGAUUAGCUCAACCCAGAGCAAAAGCCAAAGGAAAGCAGAAACUCCUUUUAGCAUAGAACUGUCAGAUAUAAUCAUUCACCAUGACACACACCCAGGCUAAGAAGCACCUGUCUAAUAACGAGGCAGCCUCACUCCCUCGUGUAUUAUUUUAAAAGUAAAAGGCUGUUUGUUUCAUUGUGCUUGCAGUGACAGUGGAGGGAAAUAUUUAAAUAGUGUAAGACCAUCAGAAAGCGAGAGUUCUGGGGCUGGAACUGAUGACAGGAGGGAAGAAAGAGGCGGGGCUUUGUAAUCUGAUUAUCCCUGAUGUUGAUAUCUAUUCAACCAGAAUACUGUCUCUACAAAGAGGAGGAAGUUUUAGGAAACCAUUUGGACUAAUUCUGACCUCUCACCAGUGUAAAUCGGCAGUAACUCAACUGACAUCAAGGGAGCUACACCAGUGUGAAACUGGUGUGAAUGAGAGGAGAAUCAGACUCAAAGUUUUAUAUACGAAAACUUACCAACUCUAAUAUUUCUAGUUAUUAAAGAGGACACUGUCAGGUACUGUCAGUCCAAAAUGUAGGUUCUCUAGUUUAAAAGAAAACAAAAUAAUGUCUUACAAACCUAAUAGAAAUAGAAAUGUUCUUGUGGUACUGUUUAACAGAGUCAAACAGUAUUUUUUUUGGUUGCAUUUAAACAGUCUCCAGCAAUGGUUGUUCCCCACACAUCGCAGCCCUGUGCUAGUGCAUGAGAACCAGAAGGUGGAACUGACGAGUGUCACUGCCCCGCCAUGAAUGAGGUGAAACUAAAUAGGAGGGAACGAAGAAAAGUAAAUUGGAAUUGUAACAUUCCUGCAGGCUAAUAACGUAAGAUAUUGUUAGUAACACAAGUAUGGAUAUUUGUGUGUUUGUUAUAAAAUAGGAGGGGGCCAAACUCAACCCCACCGUAACUGCAGGGAUGGAGUUGGCCAAUGGUUUUUAAUCUCACAGUGCUCUCCCUUCAGUUACCAAUUGAAAACUAUCCAAAAUAACAACAAAGGAGACAAACUUGAAUAGUUUCAGAGACUUCUGAUAACGUAAUGAGUGCAGCUUCAUGGUUUCUGAAGUUAAAAAUACGAUCCUAUGCCUACAGCCUAAAAUUAAAUCUGUUUCCUUAUUGCCAUUCCCUUCCCUGCACUCAGUGAAAUGAGCUUAUAGGCCCAACAAGAAAUAUACUAGGAAAGCACCUAAUGUUUCUUUAAUGCACAUUUAGCAUAGCAGAGAUCUGAUUAUCAAUAGCCCCUGUAACCUCUACAGCCCUUUGUCUUGAACUGGACUCUGCAUAACAAGAUACAGCCAUGCAGUGAAAACAAGGACCCAGUCUCCUCAUGAGUAAGGACUGCCAGGGAGAAAUGGGAGACAAGAGGAGUACGAAAUCAGUGUGAGUGGGGUCAGGAAGGAGGAGUGUCUUCCGAAGCGCACUGUUAAUUUAGAUUUUAACUCUCAGCAUUACACGUUUGUGCUUAAAAUAAAAUAAAAUUAAAUUAAAAUAAAACCCACCCUAGCACUAUGAUUCAAAACCUAGGGAAAGUAGGAUCAAGUGGAAUGUUUCUUGGGGAAGCAAAUGUAUUGCAGCCUUAUGUAGAAUUGCUGCCUUAAAACAGAAAUCCCUCUGGGGAGGGUGGAGUGUCGUUAUUUUUUGUAUCGCUAUAUAAAUAGAUCUGAUUUAAAACAUUUAUUUAUGUGCAAUGCAGUAUUUUGUGUUUUCCUGUUCAAGAUGUGUGGCAGCACUUGGGAUGGGAGGGGACAGACAAGCUGUGACAACUUCAUCAGUGGGAAAGUAUCAGCGCUAAUUAAGAAGUAUCUUGAAUCUAUUUGCACUGCAUUUUCAGUAAUCUGUUAAUUUCAGUGAUGGCUCCAGGUUUGAGAUCUAAAAUAGUCCUCUUGUCAUCUUCUUGCUCCUGACAUUGUCUCUUCAUAAGCCACUACAGGACAAGUCUUGAUCUCUGGCAGAACUCCCUUGAUGUUAAUAACUUGAGUACAGGCUUUAAGAUUUGGCCUACUCACUCAAAGUCACCAAUCCCAACAGACUUGAUGAGAGAGAGAGACUCCACUGAAAAGUUACAUCCCUACUUUUAUGAAGAUUUUCUUUCUUCCUCUUUCUUUCCUACAAGUCUUUAUGUUAAAUUCAGGCCUUCGUUUACGCCAAUGCAACCCCUUGAUGUCGGGACUGUACAGGUGUCAUUGACAGCAGACAUUGGCCCUUUGUAGUGUUCAGUGAUGACUUCUGCUAGGAAAAAUGUAGUGUCCUCUCAUAAUCUUCGUACUACAGUGGAUGUAUCACUGAGGUCCCAACAUGCAUGAUACUUCUGUCGGAUUAAUCCCAUGAGCUACAGGCUCGUGUUUCCUCUUCUGGUGCAAUGCAAUUUCAUUAUCAGCUAAACCUUCCUUAUGCUAAGACGUUUCAGACCUGUUUUUCAGCGAUGGUGCAGGUGCACCACUGCUACCAAUGAUAUCAGCUCUAGGGCAGGCCAAACUCAGGUGAGAUUGUGGCAAAAACACCUGUGCAUCGUCUCCUCUAGACCUUAUGCGACUGGCAGCACUAGUGCGACUGCAGUAAGAAAUUUCCUAGUGUAGACAUUCUCUUAAAAGAAGAAUUGCAGCAGCAUGCAUUGUGUACAUCUCAUGCAGUUGACUCACUGGUGAUUUCCACCUUACUCAGUAUUCAAAAUGCUCUCAAGAGGUGUUCGUAACUUGGUUACACAUUCACUGAACAUGGACCCCAAAAUGGGGCUUCACGGUUCUGCAGCUCCAUGUUCCUUAGGAACAGCCAGGUAUAUGCUGUGAUUCCUAGUUUGAACUAGGUACCUUGUCCAUCUAGGUUUGCCUCUGUUCUCACCUCUAGUUUGCAGCACUGAUGCUGUCAAUAUUUGUUGAUGCUUGUGUUGUCUCAAAAAUCACCCAAAUACUGAAUAUGUAAUAUGAGAUGGGAAAAGAAUAUCACAUUCAUGAGGAAUUAUGACAUAAUCACACAAAUGUACAUUUCACUAAAAUCCAUUGCCGCUUUUUCCUGUGAUCUUUCAGUGAAGUCCUUAGUCAGUUUUCAUUUUGUCUGAAUUCUCAUUGACAUCAAUGAGAUCUUUGAUAGAAUAAGAACUGAUUAAAGACUUCAGGUUUGGCUCUCUGUAUAUGGGGUUUUGUUUUGUUUUGGAGUGGGGAGGGUUGGACAAAGAGAGAUGAUCAGAAAAAGGGCUUAGAAAGAGAGGAUGGUUGCAACUUUAACUAUGGAGCCAUUAGCCUGACUUCGUAAUCCAUUAUGGACAUAUAUGUAUGUAUACAGCAUAUAGGCAGGUCUCUCUACUUUAUAAACACACCCAUUUCUGUGGGCCAAAUGCUAUUAAGUGGGUCUUUGCCCAAACAGGAUCUUGGUUAAAAACUGAGUAUUGACUCAGGAUUUUGCCCAGUAUAUUUUCAUGUGUACACAUACCGGUACUGCAGGGAUGGCCAAGUGUGCCUCACAGCACCUCAUGUGGCCUUACAGCGCUAUCAAGAUAGCCCAGCAUUGCUUUCCUCACUGCAAUGGAAAUGUUCACACAUGAAGGCUCUCUGCUCUGUAACUCUGCUCCCAUGGUCAGUCGCUUAUUUCCAUCUGCUGUGGUCAUGUCUUUGAGUUAAUAAGAACAAAAAUAAGUUACAGGACUCGAGCACAGCGGCAGUAAUGGAGUUGUUUGAUGCCUCCAUCCCCCUAAAAAAGGAUAGGAACUGAAAUUAGCAAAUCAUCAAAAAGUCAACAGCAUUUAUGAGAAUGAGGACUAGCCUUGGGACUUUCAAGGUCCAGAAUCUCGAAAGCCCCAUAUCAAACAGCUUCUUCUCCAGCUCAUGUAAGAUACUAUGUGUAGGCCUGUGCAUACAUAUACACAUAUAUCUAAUCCAGUCUGCUUGUGCAGCGACUAACAAUCAUUCAUGAACUGUCUCCUGAAACCAAGGUGGCCUUUGCCAAAGUCUUUCCAGGAGUAUGUGUUUUUACUGUGUCUAGCAGUCCAAUCGACUAUCAGGAGGAGGAAAAUUUCAGUGAGCUAUAAGAGUAUUCUGGGUGUAGUUCGUGCAUACAUCAGACUGCCAAAAAUCAUGUCACGCUAGUUCAUUUAGUGGGUUAAGUGAGCAAGUUUGGCUUUGGUCACCUACAGUGGAAGCAUGAUAGCCCUGAAAUAAUAAAAAACAAUUUCUUCGCUCCGGAGUUCUUUUGCCAGAUUGGGGUUUUGCUGUUGUGACAUGUAUAGAUAGAUACAUAGUUUUGCUCAUACAGAGUUGAGUAAAUGUUAUUUCUCUUCGCGUAUCUUCAAGUAUUGGUGGCGUUUUCCUUCCUUCUGUAAGUGAGGCAACAAAUGCAACCAUUUCUUUUUUCUUUUCUUUUGUUUUUGUUUUGUUCAAUGUUCAUUGUCUUUCUAUAGUUAAAAAUGUCUGUGACUGUCACCGAAGGUAUUUUUUUUCUUGGAAAAAUAUGUUAUUUUUAUUAACAGUAGUAGUGACUUUGUGGAAGAAGAGAAGUUGCUAUUUAGCUCUGCUUAAUUAAAUACAAUACACUACAAUGCAGUAUUUCUGAAAACUAGAACAUACAGUACACUAUAUAACAACUUUACAUCUCUAUAUAUACGUAGUAUAUUCAUUUUAAAUUUUGCAUCUGCCUAUGAUCAUAGAAAAAUGAUUGCUUACAUUUAUCAUUCACCACCGACCUGCUGCAGCUAUUUUGAAACAUUUAAUGAUCAUUAUUACAACUCUAGUUUGCUUUUUGUAUUAUUGGCUUGUGUAUUGUCUUAACAGGUUUUCUUUUCUAGAUAUUUUUUAAUCAAUCUGUUUAGCAAAAUGUAGGAAGGUGAAUGUAAAAAAACCCAACAUAAAACAGUAUUAGGCUCUACAAAAACUUCAUGAUUGUGUCCUGUUAUCCCUUUUAUAUCAGAAGAAAAAGCAAUUAAAAAACAUGAAGGAAUCUGUGAGCUCUCUUCAAGGAUAUUCAGUUUCAUCAUUUCAUUUGGGGAAAGUACAUGGCAGGUUUCCUUCUUGCCUUGAAGAAUGGUGCCAUGAAGUAUCUUGAUCCCUUCACUCUUCUCUAUUCUGUUUCUCCAAAAAUUUUCAAAGGAGCGAUUAUGACUUCCCUAGAUUCCCCACCAAGUUAAUGUUACAGUAGUGGAAACAAAAUUCUCUGCUGCUGUCUUGAAUGCAACCCGUGGAGUUUGAUAUGAGUCAGAUAAAGGAUUAUCUUUGCCUGUUGCCAUAAACAUGUUCUGAUCACAACUUAAGUGUCAUCUUUGCCUUCCCCAUUUUCAGAUCUCAACAACCUCCAGUAGAUAUGAAUGUCAGCUCAGGAGGUUUCAUGCUUUAGUUUCCAUGUUGGAUGUUGUCUUUUCUAAUUUUUGUGCAACACUCCAGAAAUGCCUAGUUGGUUUGAAGUCUGGGCCACAUCUUAUUUUAUCCAAACAGAUUUACCUUAUCCCCAAAGAGUUGCUGAAAAGAUUUAACUGGAGAAAGGCUUAACCAAACCCCAUAUCCAAAUACUCCUGAACUCUGAGGAAGAUUUGACCUAGAACCAAACUUGAUGGUUCAGACCCAUCUCUAGAGUCAAUGCAACAGCCAUGCCUCCAUUGAUUGAAAUUACAGGGUGACUUUUCUUUUCCUUAUUUUUUCAUCAGAUAAUGAGUAUUGAUACACCAGAUGGGCCCAAGCUGCAAGUCCAGAUCUAAACUACAUACAAGUAUGGGGGAAUUUAGAUCUGUUGUUCUCUUUCAUGCUCAUCUCUCUUUGGGUAAGAUUUAUCAUUCUCUCCUAACUGAAUAUGGCUAAAGUGAAGUGGAUGGGGAUAAAGUAUCUGUUGUACCUAAUUUCUUCAUUCUCUGUACAGAGCUGGUGGGAAUGAGGGAUAGUCCAUAUUGAAGCUGUACUUUCCCAGAUAUGAGAAGAGUUGUGUCACCGUAAAUCAGUUUACUUGGAACUGGUGUUGGAGGGAAAAUGUUAUCCUCAGGCUUGGUCUACACUUGCAACUUAUGUUUGUAUAACUACGUCACUCAGGGGAUUUUCCACACCACUGACCACCCAGUUAUACUGACCUAACUCCCAGUAUAGACAGCGCUAUGUCAAUAGGAUGUCACCGUAGCUACUGCCUCUCAGGGAGGUGGAUUACCUGGGGUGACAGGAGAAGCCCUCCCAUUGGUGUAGGCAGUGUCCUCACUGAAGCAGUAUGGCAGCGCAGCUGCAGCAUGUUAAGUGUAGACUAGCUCUUACUGUGUUUGUACAAUAACAAAGUAGGGACUUCAAGCUUAGAGAUCAGCAGGUAUUGACGUUCUUUACAUACUCUAUUCUGAUCAUCUAACGUACGCACUUCCAUGGAAACCAGACUACUACAACUUCCCAUUUCUUUCCUUUCCUCAUUUCCACUUGCAAUUUAAACAUUGCAGUCUUCCAACAGUGAUGUCAACAUCCAACCUUUCUUUGUUCUCUGUGUAUCGUUUUGACUCUUUGAGACACGAGCGGGAAGGGAGCAGCCUCCAUAAAGCAAUUACGCAGGUAACAAACAGUAUCAUUUUGUGAGAUAGAGGAGGCUUUUUUUUUUUUUUUUCUGACAGGCACCUUCUGGUCCAGUUAGUCCAAGGAAUUACUGCUUGCCAUAUUCAUAAAGCUAAUUCCAUUUCGCUAAUGACACAGAGAGCACUGAGCCAAAGGUCCAUGAUUUCUCAUCGCAACCUUUGCCUUGUCCUUCAGUUAGUUUCAAAAUCAUGUUUAUUUUCCUAAAGAGCCUUUUCUCCCUGGUGUGAAUGCCUGAUCAUUUAAGUAAUUACACACCCAUUCCACACUUUCCUCUGCUAAUCCUUCGUAAAUUUCAGUAACUCACUUAGGAUAAAUUAUUAGUUACCAUCGUGUCUCUUGAUUUGUUAUCUUUCCUGUUGCUUUUAUUUUUCCCAAUGCAUUUUUUCCUUUUUUCUUUUUAUUUCUUUUUUUUUUUUUGGCAAAACCUCGGUUCAUUUUACAACUAUGCAGUUUACAGUGUGUAUUUUUAGGCUAAGAAGUGGUCUGACAAACAGGAUGGUAACAGACCUGUAGAUUAUCCACACUAGAGAUUGUACUUUUAGAAUGUAGUGUGUAUAGGAUACAAUCGCCUAAAUGAAAGUGAAACUAACAAAAUAACCAGCUGGUGAAAACUACUUUAACAUAUCAAGACAGUCAUUUGUUAUCCAGAAAUCUUGCAUUUGAGCAGCAUUUUGAAUUCUUAUCUUUUCUUUUGUAUUCUCUGUAGAAAUGUAAACCAGAAAGAUUGUGAUGUUCUAAGGACCCGUUUUUGAACUAGCAUUCUUUGUCAUUCUCUUACUGUGCUGGUUUUGAAAACUUAUAGACCCCUGGAUUUGGUACCUACCUUGGCAUAGACAUCAAGGAAAGCUAUUAUUCCAGUAUAUCAUUCAUUAUUACUUUCUCUUUCUAGUUCUUAACUGGUUAAGUAGACUUGUAGACUAAUGCAAGCUGCAAUCUCAUGUUUCUAUAGACUGUAGCAUCGGAUGAAGUGAGCUGUAGCUCACGAAAGCUUAUGCUCAAAUAAAUUGGUUAGUCUCUAAGGUGCCACAAGUACUCCUGUUCUUUUUGUAUUCAGCAGGCAUCCAUCUCAAAUUCCUUUUAUUAUUAAUUAUUAUUAUUAUUAUUAUUACACAGCCAGUUGAGUAACACAACAGGUUAAGUAACAUUGUCACCACUAGAGGGAGCACUUGUACUAACAGAAAAUAGUUUAUGCUACUUAUACAUGGCUAGAAAGGGAUUUUCUUUACAGAUCUUCACUGUAAGGUUGGAUAAUAAAGGAGAGAAAGUUUCUCCUUUGGAGCCCCGGUACCAAAAUGAGAGGUCUUGCACCAAAGAAAGGGAGACUUCCCAGGAAAAAGGAGGGCUUGCACACUCCACCCAAGGGCUUCUGUUCACCCAUGCCCAGUUCAGGAAAAGAGUGAUGCUUCUGCUCUGCUUUAAAAAAAAAAGUUUAAGCUCAGAACGCUUUUUUAUUGGUGGGGUGCAGUCACCUGAGUCAGGGCUACCCUUGUUCAUAAACAAGUUUCACUGCCUUGCAGUUUGUCUCAUCUCCUUUUUAAUUGUCAGGAGGUAGGUCAGCAUUGCAGUUUCCACAGUAUGCAUCCGAUGAAGUGAGCUGUAGCUCAUGAAAGCUCAUGCUCAAAUAAAUUGGUUAGUCUCUAAGGUGCCACAAGUACUCCUUUUCUUUUUGCGAAUACAGACUAACACGGCUGUUACUCUGAAACCUGUCAGAUUAUUCCUGAUUUCUGAUAUGUUGUGGGUGCGCACCCCUGAAGUUUUGCUCUGAAUUUCAGGUUCAAAGUCUCAAAUAAAAACUUGGGGAACUCAGUCCUUUCCCAUGAACUCCAUCUGUAACCAUAACUCAGCCUAGAAAACUGGGCAGUAGGAGCUAGUCAGCACAGAAAGGAUGGGCAUUCUUAGUCCGAUUCAGUGGGAUCAUUACUUCCUAUUGUAAGCUGCUCUGAGCACUACUUCGUGGGCCUCAUCCUGCAAGCCUUAUUCACGUGAGCAUUCUCGUUGGCUUCUGUGCACCCACUCACAUCAGGAAGGCAAACCUAGCCAUAUGGAAUGAUAUAACCCUAAAUAUCAAUUUCCCCUACUCUCUUUAGUAUGUCACAGGACUUGCCUGAACGUGGCCUGUUUCUGCCCAAAGGUGAACCCGACUGAACAUUUGGGUUUCCCCCACCAGGCAGCUUUCACCUCAUUCAAGGGUUUGAUGAUUAAAAGUUUCUCUCCACUUUGCUAGGCUGAUGCUUCACCUAUUUGAAAGAACUGAACAGAGACGAAGCUGCUUCGUUUAGAACAAGGCACAAGAUGUUUGUGUCAGCCUCAUUACUAUCUUGGAGCCUUUCUUCCUCCCACAAGUCCACAUUUUUGGUUUGCCUUUAAACAUGUAAUUGAAUUUUUAUCAUAACUAGAAAAUAAUGAAAAAGGUAGCCCAAAGUAUGGACACAAUCAUUUACAUGAAGACUCCUUUACAGUGCCAGAGUGGGGCAAAGGGGGUCCUAGUGUAACCGAGCAGCAGGCCCUGUGAAUUUCCAGUGGUGUUACUUGGAGUCAAUUGAUUUUAGUCAUUAGGCUAUUUUAGCCAGAACUAUUUACGUAUCACUGAUCUCAUGAAAACAAGGUGGGUGAGACGACCCUGCUUUUGUGCAAUAGAAUAGACUUGCCACCCCAGGACCAGCACACCCAGCCUUUGAAGUUUAGAAACACACUGCACUAUGCAAGGUUGUCUGUAGGCAACCUCUCUUCAUAAGGUACCACACUGUUUUGUGAAGGAGAAUGGAUGUGAGUGACUACCAAGUGGCAUGAGCUCAACAUUUCAGCAAAUAGAGAUUAUGGCCCUGACGUGCAGCCAGCUGAGUAUCGAGGACUUUUGUUGAUGGUAUUUUGUAUUGAGUAGGUUGGUGUUACAUAUUUUACAUAAGAGCUAGUUGUAUCAGUUUUAUAUUUUAUAGAUUCUCUGACAUGGGGAGGCUCUGGGGAAGGACUUCAAAGAAUGAUUAUAUCUUUUCCAUCUCUGUCAAUUCUGAUUCCAUAUAGCUCUUUUCAUGGUGGGCUCUCAAAUAGCUAUAAACAACAAAACUAGUUCUUACAACUGUCAUUUUUCUGCAGUUGAGGUGUACAGGGUAGAUUUGAGAUGUACCGCCAGGAUCUGCACAUCCCUAUUUGGACUCUGCCUGCUUAAAUACAUCUAGGAACAAAGAAUGCAGGCCAUGCUUACAAGAUGGGGAACACUAUCCCGGGAAGCAGAGCCUCUGAAAAAGCUGUGGGGGUUGUGGCAAACAUGAGCUCCCAAUGUGAUGCUGUGGCCAAAAAAGCGAAUGCCAUCCUGUGCAUCUCAAGUAGGAGUCAAGAGGUUAUUUUAAUCUCUGUAUUUGGCAUUGGUGUCCACAAUUAUAGAAGGGUGUUGGUAAAUUGGAGAGAGUUCAGAGAAGAGCCACAAGAAUGAUUAAAGAAUUAGCAAACAUGCCUUAUAGUGAUAGACUCAAGGAGCUCAAUCUAGUUAGUUUAACAAAGAGAUUAUUACAGUCUAUAUAUACCUACAUGAGGAACAAGUAUUUAACAAUGGGCUCUUUAGUCUAGCAAAGAAAGGUGUAACAAUGAUCCAGUGGCUGGAAGUUAAAGUUAGACAAAUUCAGUCUGGAAAUAAGGUGUACAUUUUUAGCAGUGAAGGUAAUUAACCAUUGGAACAAUUUCCCAAUUCGGGGAGGACAGUGGAUGCUCCAUCACUAGCAUUUUUUAAAUCAAGAUUGGAUAUUUUUCUGAAAGAUCUGCUCUAGGAAUUAUUUUGGGGAAGUUCUGUGGGUGGUGUUACACAGCUGAUCACAGUGAUCCCAUCUGGCCUUGGAAUCUAUGAUUCCUUCCUUUCUUCUUUCUGAUGAUUUGACACCGUGUUAAAUCUUUCCUGCACUGAAGUGGAACAGAGUGUGAUGAGUACUCCUGUCUUCCUGAAAAGGCUAAGAGGGAGAAAGUAGGUCUUUUUCCUUUUCCCCCUCCACUAUCAGUCCAGGAUUCGGGGUGGGAGUAGGGGUGUUUGUCUGGACUCAGUGUCCUGCUGAAUAGCAAUGGAAAAAUCAUCCUACCGUAUAGCACUUUGCAUAUGUUUAUGUUUUCGCUCAUUGCUCAUUGCCUGUUCUGUUUCCAUGCUCUCAAUGGCUUCCCCACACUCCUUUCUGAUUGUGUGAGGUUUAAAGGGGGACCCUCAGAUGUGUAAAUAAUCUUCAAACUAUUGAGUACGCCCAGGUCCUUCCUGUGCUUUCCAAGAUAAUCUUCUAAUGAUCAUUAACUAAGUGGCAAGCCCUGAAUGGUUAUUGUUUUUAUAAAAACCACAAGGGAAGGUGAGCACUGCAGGCUGAUUGGGAUUCAGUAACCCUCUUGUCCAUUUUAGAAGUGUGCUUUAUUUUGUUUUCCUUGUGCAUUUUUGUUUUUAAAUACUGAACAGUUUAUAUCUGUACUGAUAAUUUCCAUCUCUACCACCCCUCCCCCACCCGCCGAAAAGGGCCGUGAGAAUAUAUGUGUGUGUGUGUGUGUGUUUGUGUGUGUGUGUCGGUGUGAGAGAGAAAGGACUAAGGCUAGUGUUGAUCCUUCUGGCUGUUUUAGGGUGGCUGCUGAGAGUUGCCACUUCAAAGAGUUGAUUGCACUACAGAACCUUCAACUGGGCACUGUUGAAGUAAGGACUGUGUUUUGGGAACAGAGAAGCUUUAUGUCUUUUCUACGCUUACACAGGCCCUUUACGAUGGAGCCAUCUGAUCAUCUUUGUGUAAAAACCACUACUGACCUUUUGCUGUAUCCAUUCAAUUCUCUCUUCCUCAUAUUGCCCCUCCACAAUGACCUGCCUCCUCUGCUUUUCAGCCAUUUGACUUUUAUUGUUCCUUUUUGUUUCAAGUAAUAAAGGUUACAUCUGCUAAUGACAACUCUGCAUUGAGCAGGCAGAGAGAAGAUGAGGCAUGUGAAAGUAUGGCUGGGAGACUGCAAAUCCCACUUUGUUUUGGGGCAUGUGUAUACUUUAAUGAGAGUUGAUUUGGGGGUGAGGGAGGUUUGAGCUUUUGGUCUGGAUAAGACUUUUUAUUUUUGCACUAAGUAUGACUGCACUGCAUUGCACUACUGAAAUGUAUUUACAUGUGGUGGGAUUGGAAGGGUACACAAGGGCCCAGUGAGGGAGAAGAGAAGGGGUAGGGACAGAGCAUAGGGAGCAGCAAAACACUACAUCUUUCAUCUGGCAGGAUAACGCUGGCGAUAUCUUUACUCCAGGCAACUAGUCAGACACUGAGACAGCUCUACUGAAUGUCUGCUGUCCAUCAGUUACGGGAGAAAGAGAUAGCACUGCAGAUGAAACUAAACAGGCAUCCUAGGACAAGUGGUUUUAAGUGUUAUAAAUCUUGUUUUUCAGCCAAGUUUUCUAUAUGGACUGAGGGAGAUCUGGGAGAGCUGUUCAAUAUGAAAUUGAAAUCCCUGUUCUAGGCUUCAGCACAAAGUCACUAAUCUCUAGUACAGAUACAGACAAACGCCUAGAAGAGCACUUGAUUGCUCUGUAUCCCUAGUUUGUAUUCCUUCAGUCACAGUAUGAACUCAGCCCAAAAGGUGAAAAAGGCUACCAAAGGUUGGAAGGUCAUUGAAAAAGCACUUCUUUUAGAGGGCUGUUAAGGGAACAGUGCAAUAAACAAGAGUCAUGAACAUGUGUUUUAAGAAGUGCUGGUCAAGCCUUUGGGGAGAGAUGGGUGGGGGGGGUGUGGAAUGGAACCACCCCAGAUUAGAAUAUUCUUGCUUAUACAGAACAUUCUUAGUGGCAUUUAUAAGUUCCUUUUGAGAUUGCUGAAGGGAUCAGUGUUCUAAGUUUCUUUCAUGUGGCCCUCAAGUGAAUAGCCAACCUUAAUGGGGUCUUUUGGCUGGAACCAAACAGAACCCUGAGCUGAACAAAACCUUUGUACUCAUGAUGUAGGUUGGUCUAUACCUUGAUUUUAAUGAGCAUAAUACAAAAGAACGGUUAGUAAUAUGGAGCCAGAUUCACCCCUGCUGUAACUGCACGUGAGCCACAACCUCACAAAAGACUGUGUUGAAUCGAUCAAAUGUUAUAAAAUUAAAGCGUGGGCAUAACCUCUGCCAAAAGGGUAGAGAUUAAUCAAAUUACUCCAGGUACGGAAACUCUGCGCUUCACGGAGUAGAGCAAGCACAUCUCCUCCAGUUCUGCAGUGCAGGAGUCAACUCUUGGAACAAAAUGGUCAUGGAGUGAACAUUUCAAAAGCUGAACAAUGGGAGUUGAGCACCCAACUAACUGGCCAUCUGUGCCCUUGAAAUCCUCCCCAUUGUACUCCACGAGCCAACAAAUUUCACAGCAGAUUUUAGGUUGAAAAAUAACAUCUGGCUUCACGGGCACCUUGUGGUGAAUUAAGGAAGAAUUGGAGCUGAACCCUACAUUCAGAAGGGGGUCACUCCUUAUUUAGCAGUGUGUGUCACAAUGCACAGCUAAUUGCUACUGGUCAGUCUCUUCACUUGAGAAAAAGAUCCCGGACUUAGGAGUGUUGGGGAGGUCUGUUGCAGGGGCUGGGAAGAAACAAAUCUAUCUGGUUUGAAGGGAGUGUCUCUCUAGGGGGCCCUGAAGUGCCAACCACUGGUUAGCUUUAACCCACCCCUUCUGGUAAAGUUCAGGAGAGAAUAAUUAGGGAUGUCUUCCGCUGCAGUGAAGCCAGCUGCAUGUGUUGCCAGUGGCAGUCCCAGAGAAAAGUGAAGCUGAGGGUUGACUGAGCCUGCUGUGUCCAGAGUGCCUUUUCUGCUGUGGUAAAAUAACAAACUUCUUUAAUUUGAGCUCUUCUGGCUGAUUGCUGCAAACUCCUUCCAUGAGAUCUGACUGGACGUUGGCCAUCUUUUGGCAGGGGGUAGAACGCUGCGUGCCUGCACUGCUGUGAUAAGAUGACAUUUUUGCACUAGAUUCUAACAAAUAAUGCAAACUGGAGACUUAAAGGCCCUGUCCCCACUGGGCUUUGAACCAUGCUCAAAAGUAGGUUUGAAUUCAGGUUCAACUUGAUUCCAGCCAAACCAGUUUCACCCAAAGUUUGGCUAGUGCUUGCAAAUGAGGCCCAGGCUAGUUUAAAACUGCUUUUGAAAAGCACAUUCAAGCCUAGGUUCGUUCACAGUGCCACCGCUCAAUCAGGUCCCUCCAUGGCCUUAAGUAUGGUUGUUUAUUUUAAUGUUUUUAAAAUAGAUUGUUCCCAGUUACAUGUUAAGCCAAGCCACGUUUGAAAUCAGUUUAACUAGACCUGAGAUUAAAUACAAAACAAAAUUUUCCAGCAUGGUUCCAAAGCCCACUCUAGAGUGAGAAACUAAGGCUAACUUGAGGUUUAUAUUAAGAAUCCAAAACAAGUACUGUCAACUAGGGAUGCCACAUAAUUCAAUGGCCUGUGUUAUCUCCAGAUGGAGAAACACUAUUUUUCCACAAUCCUCCUCCACUUUUCAUCGUGCUUCUUUUCUCUUAAGCCCAAAUGGCAUUGGCAGUUGGUUAGAUCCAAAACAGAACUGCGCCUUACUAGUUAAUCAUCGUCUUGUCUAUAGAUCUUCUCUUCCUAGUCAUUGAGAAACACUGUGGAUGCAUGCUGUCCAGAACUGUGUGGCAUAGCUAGAGGGUCAGUAAGAUGCUGAUGGUGUUUGCACUAUAAUGGCUCUGCGAGCAGUAAUUUGACACCGUAACUGUGGCGAGGGAUGGGGGAAAUGAAAAUGACACUUUUUGGAAAAGGCCUAGAAAAUAUUACAGAGCCAUAGUAACAGCUCUAUAGCUAAGCUUCUAGGGAACAUGUUUCUGGUGGUUGGUUAUGCUUGAACACUAUAAAGGCUGUUUUCAAAACAGUAGAAAGGUUAUGUAUCCCUGCUCACAGGGUGACCUUGCACAUUUCCCCAGAUUAAUCAGCCACUUUAAGGAGAAGGCUGAGAAAUCUCAGAUGUUCACACUGUCUGGUGCAGUCUUACUUUAGCUCCAGAACUUCAGUCUCUCCCUACCUGGCCAGCCUCAUUCUUGUUAGACAGUCUAUGUUCUGCACUGGCCUGAUGGGUUUUAAAGGCUACGGCUACCAAGAAGACCAAAACACUUACUUGGCCCCGCCUACAUGUCUUGGUGUCCCCCCCUCCCUUUUUGGUUUAUACAUCAAAGCAGCAGUGUGAUUAGUGGUGAGUGGAUGACAGAUAAUUGUUAGUCCAAAUGACAAGCUACUAUGCUGAGUUGGGAUUGGAUUGCUGAAGUCCUUGAGGACUGCAGCAGAACCUAGAGGCCAGGCUCGGUGUGCUGGGAGGUUACAGAAGCCUAUAGCUUCUGUUGCUUGCCUCGCCGAGAUUGUUUUGCUCAGUCCCUGCUGGCACCCCUGUUUUAAAAAUGGAAUCCAACUGUUCUGUCUUCUCUCUUCUGCGCCGGGGCUGUGUUACUAACCUCUCAAGAUAAGUUGGUUUUUAUUUUGCUGUUAUUAACGUGUCAUUCUUCUGCAGACCAAAAAAAAAAAUGAAAAAUCAGUUUCUAGACAUAUAAGACGAGUGAGUGAAAGGUGACAAUUGACAAGAAAAGGUGAGCGAGAAGCAACGGUUAAUCAGGUUAAGUUAGAAAUCUAAGCGUAGCCGUACCUAUUUUUUAACCAGUGCUCACAAGUCAACCAGUAGUGGGGUCAGGUAGGUUUCUCUGCUCAUUCAUGCUUGUACCCUAUAUAUAUAUAUAUGUUCCUUUUGUUUGUUAUUGCAGAUGCACACAAGGUUGUCUUUUACAAUGUCUGAUUUUUAUUGUAUUGUAUUUUUUUUAAUCAGUCUGUUGGUUUCUUUUUGAAGGACGGGGUGGGGGAAAUCCUUUUUUUUAUUUUGAAUUUUUGAGAAAAAAUGCACUGGAAGUAAAAUUGAAAACAUUUGACUGUUUAAAAGGAAAUCACACACCCACCUAAAGGAACAAGCUAAGAAAGAUAUAGCCCCCCCCCCCCCUUCCACAUUUCAGGGAUGUCCUCUAAAAAAGGUCCCUGUAUAUAGAAGCUAAAAAGACCAAACCCAAACAAACAGCCCAGAGAAGCGGUGUCGAUCCCAGCAAUGCAACUGGGAGUAUCUGGCACAGAAGGUUUCCAGGGUCGGGCAACAGGUAUGAAAUCCAGCCCCACAUGGGCCAAAUUCAUCCCAGCUCUAAGCAGCUAUCACUGAUCAUAAUGGUCCCUUUUGACCUUAGUAUCAAUGAAGUGAGUUACACGAGGGAUGGAUUUGACUAUCUGUGUUCAAUCUACAGCAAGACUUCCCCUUGGCACCCCAGUCCCUAUAGCCAUUUUUGUAAUUGAUGUCAGAAUGGUCUUUUGGUUAUGUGUCCUAUUAGCAUAAUAGCCAGUGGAAGUUGCUCAGAGUAGGCAAAACCCAUUCCCUAUUGAGUAAAUGGGUUUAGUGUGCACCAUUUAUGCAUAAGUUUUUCCUGUCAACCUUCCAAUGUAAUCCGCCCCACUGGUAAUAACCGAUAUGAUCAAACACCGGUGCUGAGAUCCUGCCCUUGCAGGAAAAUUGACUUUGAGUACUCAAAACAGUAAAACUUUUCCAUAAUCUGAUCCAAAAAAAGUCCCCCGCUCCCUUGCACUUUCAGGGAAAGUCCUCUGUGUCUUUGAAAAUGGCUGCAAAGUUCCUUUGCAAGUAAAAUAAGUAGAACAACCUCCCACGAUCCUGUUCUCUGUAUAGCUCCUUCAGCCCUGAACAAUAUCCCUUCAGCACGGUUCCUGCCACUUGAAUACAGUAGAGCUGUUGAAAUAAACUACAAAGAUGCAACAUUUUAAAAGGCAGAUGAUUUCCCCUCAUGCCAUAGUCUUUGGCUUUCCCUACAUCAGCUCAUGAUAUUUUCUAGCCUGCUGGCUCGAAAUCAUGUGUUAAAAUGUUUGCUUGCUUCUGUUUUGUUUUCAAAGGAGGGUAUGUGGAUGGGGAGAAGGCAGGAUCCACUGUUUGUCACGUCACGGUCCUAAUAGUUGGUUUGUAUCUUCCAUAUUUUAUGCAAAAACAUACAUUUUAAAUCAAUAAAUAAUUGUGCCCUAGGCUGAAAGAUAAAUGUUUAGGAAAGGAAAAAAAAAGAUGUCAGAUUUUUCUCUCUACAUUUUUUUGAAGAUUUAUUUGGAAAGGAAGGGUACAUAUUUUUGUUGUGUAAUAUUUUCUAUUUUUGAAUGCAUUUUCUUGGUACAAGACUUUUGUGGAUUUUUUUUCUUGUGAAGACAUUAUUUAAAAAAAAAAGAAAAGAAAGAAAAAACUAAUUGAAAAGUUUGCCCUUACGGAUAUGCUGCAGUUCUGAGGUUUUAAAAAAAAUCACGAUGUGUUAAAGUUGGGGGAUUGUAUUGUUGGGUUUUUUUGUAAUUGUUACAAGAAGAAGUUUAUAUCCACUGCUGUUAAAUAUUGUUUCAGAUGAGUAAGUAAAGGGAUUGUUAUUUUUUUUUAAGAAAGUUAUUUAUGAAAUGUCACAAACACUGGAUGGUGAGUUUGUGUGGAAGCAUUUUACCACCUUGUGUCUUCAUUGAGCUGUUGGUGACCCUAUUUUCCCUUCCUCUGCCUUAUGACUUUAUGAAUGAGGUGAAUUCAGGGGCAGAGGGGUGACAAGGUAGAGCCUGAUGGGGGCAGGAGGCAGAAACAAAUGAGUCUUCAACACAGAGGCUGGAAAAAGCAAAGGCAAAAUUGUAUUUUGGAAUCCUGCCUAUGAUGCGAUCAGCCAGCUUUAUUUCUCCUUCUCGUAGCAGCGUGAGGAGAGAGGCUUAGAAUGCAAGGGUCUGAGUGAGAAUAGCGGUGCUCAUAUCUAUGUCUGUAAAUGACACCUCAGUUUCUCAGUAACCAUGCCCCUGCUCUUGUAAGCCCCACCAAGCUCGCCAAGUAAGAGUACCUGGAUCUUUGUGACCAACCAACCCAGCUGAGACCUCUGGGCUCUGUAACUUUGUUUCCAAUUGCUUUCUGUAAACUAGAGCUCUGGGAUGGGUUGCAGUUUCGGCCACCAAGUCCAGCUUCCUUGGCGUUCCUGCCUUCCAUUAGUGGGGAGCCCUGGCUAUCUGUUAAGUUGGAGGGAUAAAGGCUGUAGGUUGCCACAUAGCUUCUCCAUGUUUCCAGCUUUGAAGAAAAGAAAGAAGAGGGCUAAAGUAAGAGUAAACGUGUGAUCUAAAAGCUCCUCAGUUUGGAGGGAAGGGAAAGGGACGACACCAACAGCUGUAAUAAUCAACUGGAGAUAUGUAACUGGGCUACAUUCUAGGCCAACCAGAAUCUUUUCUGUUGUGGACAAUAACAGAGCUAAAUCUUGAGACUGUCAAACAGACAGAAAGCUGAACAGUGGCCUUCAGUUCUCCUGCCUUUUAGUCUCCCUCGCUGCCUCUUUCUCUUUCCCCUGAAACUACGGCUUUGUGGGCAUCCGUUCCAGUAAGCACUUUUUACCCUCCACCUAAACUGCCCUUGCUUUCAAAACAUGGGGUUCGCUCAAGACGGACUAAAAAUCACGUGCCUUCUUUCCCCCCUUUUGUAAUUAAGCCACCUUCUCCCCUCCCCGCCACUCACACACGUGACAGAGGAAGCUGUCAAAAGUGCUACUUGUCUACUGGCAUCCAGCAAAACAACAUGGGGGGGGAAUAUUUUAUUAAAUCUUUUCUUUUCACACACUUACACAGAUCUUCCCAGGGAGACAUCUUCCUUUCCUUCCCUCAUACCCAUCUCAUCCACAAUCCAAUCUUAAUGGGGGGUGGGGGGUUGCUCGCCUUCCCAUCCUAGCACAGUGAAACAAUUUCUCUCUUGGGGAGAGUUCACACCACUUAAAAUGUUAGU